ACAUUUACUUAACCUUGAGAAGGAAAAGCAGAACAUAAGAGUAGAGACUGUAGCAGCUGCAUGAGAUUAGGGUUCGUGUAAUUGUGCUUUCCCAUUCUUCACUUCCAUUUUGUAUUUUGUCUGAUCUAUAUACAACACAACAGAACAUUGUAAUUCGGUGAAUCACGAAAUCCAAGGAUACCGACAGUAUUGUGCUGAGAUACCAUAUUGUUAGUUGAUCAUGUUAGCAAAGAAAUUAAGCUCCUUCCUCAAACUCUCCCCAAAACCUCAGAUAUCAAGUUCCACAAGGAAUGUGGAUGAAGAGAAGAGCAAAUAUUUCGGUCGUAAAGCAGUGUCAUUUGUUUUGAUUACUAUUACAGGUGGCGUUGGUCUGAGUGCCCUUAAUGACCUUGCUAUCUAUCAUGGCUGUAGCAGCAAGGCCAUGGAGAAGGUGAGCAAGAACCAGGCAAUAAUAGAUGCUAUUGGAGAACCAAUUGCUAGAGGUCCAUGGUACAAUGCAUCUCUUGCAGUAGCUCAUAAGAGGCAUUCCGUGUCUUGCUCAUUUCCUGUUUCUGGACCACUGGGCUCAGGUGUCUUGCGGCUGAAGGCGGUACGCAAUGGAGAUGAUGACACUUGGUCUUCCUUUUUUAUUCCUCGUGAUUGGGACAUUUUAAUCAUGGAUGCUCUCCUUCAUGUACCUGGGAAUGAGGAGACGCAUCAAACCUUGCGGAUUGAUCUCUCUGACAAUUUGCCUCCUUCAUGUAAUGCUUGCACCGAGUGCAUAGCUCGUCCAUCAGAAAAUUCAGAGGCAAAAUUGAGUUCCAAUCAAUAAUAGUAAGCUUACGUUUGAUCUUCAAUUCAGCUAUAAACAAGCUUUUAUAUUUUAAACCUUUAUAUGAUUUGAGGUUAGGAGGACGUCAAUAUUUGGUUGAGUGAAUAAGUUUCCAAAUAUUGUUUUGGUGCAAUACGUUAUAAUAACAUUCACCAUCUUAUUUCAUUAUGAAAAUAAAUGUAUG